CACCAUGAUUCCAAGUUCCAUAAAGAACCGUUUAAUCCAAUGGCUGGAAGACCAUCGCGAGUUCGUCGUAUGCGCGUUCUGUCUGCCCGCGUCAUUCCUGUUCACACUUAUCCUGCGUAUACGCAACGCUCUUCGAAGAUUUUAUAGCGAUCCCCAGAGACAUGAUACAGCCGUUAGGGAGAUACAGGCCAGGGUUCAACAAUGGAACAAACUCCCGGACAAAAAGGGUCGAUUGCUCUGUACAUCGCGACCGAAUUGGCUAUCUCUGUCCACCACAUUUUUCGAGAAACAUCUACACCAUCGUAUACCAAUCCCAUUGUAUGAUAUACUAGAGCUGGACGAAACAGCCAUGACUGUAAGAGUGGAGCCAAUGGUCACUAUUGGAGAUAUCACUGAGUUUUUGAUACCGAAGGGGUAUUCUUUGGCGGUUACUAUUGAAUUGGUUGACGCUACUUUGGGAGGACUUGCGUUUGGCACGGGGAUGUCGACUCACUCUCACAAAGCGGGCCUCUACCACGAAACAAUCACGAGUUACGAAGUGGUUUUAGGAGAUGGAUCCUUGGUAACAGCCACCGCUGAUAACGAAUAUUCCGACCUAUACAAAGCAUUGCCUUGGUCGCACGGAAGUCUAGGUUUUCUCGUCGCCUUAACACUUAAAAUAGUGAAAGUAAAACCCUAUAUAAAAAUAACUUACACUCCUAUAAAAGGCCAGAAGAACUACUGCGACUUGUUACGAGAAGUUUCUGGAGCGAAUCAAGCCAAACCAAUUUACUUCCCCGAUUAUAUUGAAGGCACAAUCUUCAGUAAAGACGAAGCUGUCGUGAUGACAGGCGACUAUUCUGACUACGACUCCAAUAUAACCGUCAACCACUGCUCCAGGUGGUAUAAGCCAUGGUUUUACAAACACGUCGAAUCAUUUUUAAAGAAAGGCGAAACCGUGGAACUCAUUCCCUUAAGAGAUUACUUGUUACGACAUAACAGACCUAUAUUCUGGGUCGUUGAAGACAUGCUUUCGUUCGGCAAUCAUCCAAUAUUCAGAACUUUAUUCGGCUGGCUUCUACCACCGAAACCAGCUUUCUUAAAGUUCACCACGACACCAGGAGUAAGAGCGUACACAUUCACUAAACAAGUGUUCCAAGAUAUAGUUCUACCGAUACACGAAUUGGAGAAGCAAAUCGAAAUCUCUACAGAACUGUUCGACAAAUUUCCGUUAUUAGUCUAUCCGUGCAAAGUAAUUGAUCACGGUCCAUCAUCCGGUCAACUUGCUCGACCGCAAGCUAAAUACAUGGUACCCGGUACUAAUUACGCAAUGUACAACGAUUUGGGAGUUUAUGGCGUUCCUGGUAAGGUCAAAGAUAAGAAACCGUAUAACCCAGUUAGGGCAAUGCGAGCAAUGGAAAAAUUUACUAGAGACGUUGGUGGUUUUUCGUUCUUGUACGCAGAUAUAUUUAUGACAAAAGAGGAGUUUGGGAAAAUGUUCGAUCUGUCAUUGUAUGAAGUUGUUAGAAAGAAGUAUAGGGCAGAAGGAGCAUUCCCGCACUUGUAUGAUAAGGUUAAGCCGGAGAUUGACGUGUUUUCUAUCGGCGAAGAAAAUGCUAUAUCCGAUCAAUAGA